AUGGCUCCCUUGCUGGGCUGCGGGAGGGAAACAUGGUCACUAUUAAAUCUGUUUGUGUGUGUUACAGCUGAUAAAAAAGUAUUGAUUGUGUACGCGCACCAAAGCGCUGGUUCCUUCAACGCAGCAGUGCGGGACGUGGCCAUUAAGGAGCUAUCAGAACAAGGCUACCAGGUUAUCGUGUCAGACCUUUAUGCUAUGAACUUCAAAGCCAACGCCACAAGGGAUGACAUAAUUGGUGAUUUAAAGAACCCAGACCUUUUCCAGUAUGGAGAGGAGACAAUGCAUGCUUGGAAUGACGGUCGCCUCAGUGACGACAUUAUGGCCGAACAGCGCAAAGUGGAAGAGGCUGAACUUGUUAUUUUCCAGUUUCCGAUGUACUGGUUCAGUGUACCGGCGAUCAUGAAGGGAUGGAUGGACAGAGUGCUGACUCAGGGGUUUGCUUUUUCCCUGAAAAAUAUGUACGAUAACGGUAUUUUCAAGAACAAGAAAGCAAUGCUGUCCUUUACAACUGGAGCUACAGAAUCAAUGUUUCGUCCCAAUGGCAUCAAUGGCGACAUUAACAUUGCAUUAUGGCCUCUACAGAAUGGCACUUUGCACUUCUGUGGAUUUCAGGUCCUUGCUCCUCAGAUUUUCUGGAAUCCAGCUCACCGCCCUAUUGUAGAUCGGACUGCGAUGCUAGAAAAGUGGUCUGCCCGACUUAAAGGACUGAUAGCUGAAAAGUCUCUGACUUAUGCUAAGUGUGAAUGGUUUGGUCUCAGCUUUGAACAGGGGUUUUUGCUCCGGCCAGAGGUGCAGGAGGAACAUGAGUCCAAUGUCUACGGGAUCACCACAGGACAUCAUCUUGGCAAACUACUGCCCCCUGACAACCAGAUCAGAGUUCAGGUCACAGACAAAUAG